AUGAACACAGAAAGAAUAAGCUGGCGAAGUGGCUCCGGUAAUGUUCCUAAGCUUAUGCUGCUCAAGGCAUGGAAAAUAGGUACGUGGUCACUGCCCUUCCAGUGCAAACAUUGCCUGAGCAAGUCAGUCUGCGUAACAUGUCGUCUGUUCUCUACUAGAUUCUGUAUUUUCUUCCUGUUUGACUAUACACCUGUUAACGGCGACGUGAACCGCUUCUCAACCAGACUGAACAGUGCUAGGUGCGAUGUCGAUCCGUUCUUUCUAUGCCACGAGCAGAUCCCCGUCGCGAUGAUCUGCUCGAAGCCUGGACCUACGCCGUUGCCCUCAGCCUCUGUUUACUUGAAAGAGUCGGGAAACCCUCCGGAAAAGCCUCCAGAGACCCACAACAACCACUACGACGACAUCAGGUGUACAUCGGGUGUACAGAUAGCUUCUCAACCAUUGAAGUGAAACAAGCUCCUGGAAAAAGAUGAACCAGGAGUAAGCGCUUUCCUUCCGGAUGGAAUGAGAAUAAUUUCAGCCCCAAGAGGCUAACGAGCGCCACGAUUUGGAUGGUGUUCGAAUUCAUUUUCAUUGCACGAUUCCCACAGCUUUCCACUUUUAGACGUCUGCGAUUGGUUGCUGAUGGUUGGUUUUGGGGCCAGGAUGAAUAUACUGCAUCUCGUGUCUGUUUCUUCGAUCCAAAUAGAGACGGGUUAUGGAACCAAGCUGG